AACCCUGCAAAUCUAGAAUUACAUAAUCUAUGAUUACUAAAAGUGGCGAUGGCGUUUUAUGGCCAGUAUUGCUUUGUGUCUAAAAAGUGGGGUUUUCGUGGUAUUUUCUAUGGGAGACCGGUUUAUUAAUGUAAUUUUUGAGAUUAGUAAUAAAAAGAAGUGCGUGAUCAAGACGAGUACGAGGUACAAGGUUAGAAAGGGCAAGUGUGAAAGUAGCGGGCAGAAGGAAUACAUGAGCUCCCGCUUUCGACGGCCGGCGAACAUAUUUAUCUUCGACAGCAAAUGUAAUAUUUUGACAAGGAGGUACAAAUAAUUCAAUUGAAAAAAUACGCCUCAUUGUGCGUAAUCAAUUGUGUGUGUUAGUAAAAAAAGGGUAAAAAAUAUGUCAGAAAUAGAAAAGAUAGAAAAUAGUACAAUGGAAAAUCAAGAUAUAUGUUCUGAAAGUUUUGAAAACAGCAGGGUUUUGGUACCUAGUGAAGCCAAUAGUUUGAAUGAAAGUCAAGAUUUUCAUCUAAUAGAUACAAGCGAUGAUGAAUCGCAACGAAAUUUAGAAAAUACAAAAGAUGAAAAAAUAUUAUCUUUUGUCUCUGGUAAUAAUGCAGGAUCAACUUUGAAUGAAAUAAAACUAACAUCUGAGCAUAUAGCAAAGCUUGAUGUACAGAAUGAUGAUGUUAUAAAAGUAGAAGAUACGCAAGACGUUGAAGUUAUGAAGGAGAAGGAAAAACAGAACAUGGAGCCAUCUAAAAAAGAAGAGGAGGAAGAGAUUGAUGAAAGUAGUACCUUAGAGAAUAAAGAAAAAUUUUUUGAUGAUGAAAAUGAAGAAAUAAUACACUGCACACCAUCUGAAGCGUCUUCACCAUCUAAGAAACAAGGUGGUGCUAAUAUAAUAAGUCUAAAACGUAAAAUAGGUUCAUUUAAUGAACCACCUACAAAAAUUUUAAGAACUGCAUCUAGGGAAGAUGUAUCAGUGCCUGAGAAACUAGUACAGGAAGAAGAAGAAAGUUGGAAUUCGUUUAAAUCUGAUGAUUCCCAUCAUGAAUUUCCUAAAAAUUGCUCUAAUACAAAUAUCAUAAUUGCAGAAACUCAGGAUGUUGGAGAAGAUGACAAUAUGAAAGAAAUGGUAGAAUUGUCAAUAUCAUGUAAAGAAAAAGAUAGAGAUGAAAACCACCCUGAAUUGGAAAUGAAAGAUUAUGAAAUAGAUAAGAACAAAAAUUUUAAUGAUACAUCAAAACUACAUCAAACUAUUACAAAGAGAGACCUUAAUGAAGAGACAUCAGAGGUAAAAAAUGUAUCACAAUCUAAUGAAAAUAGAGUAAUACAGGUUCAAACAAAAGAGAAGGACUGUGCAUCUUCCCUAAAAACUGUUGCAGUUGAGAAAUUAAAAUCGGAUUUGAACAAUAAAAAUACAGAUAGCAUUAGAGCAAUUGAAGCGAAAGAUAGUAAGGUAACAUACAGUGAAAAAGCAGAAGAUAAGGAAAAUGGUAUUGAGCCUAAAAGAAACGUCAGUUCAGAAGAAAACAGUAGCAAUGUUCAAGAAAUAUCAAUGUCUAAAGAAGUAUGUGAAUCUCACUCUAACAUGUGUUCUGGGAGCAUAUCCAAAUCGCGAAUGAGCAUAGAACUUAUAUAUGAUAAAACUACUGUUCACGAAGCUAAGCCGAAAUCCAAAGAAUUAGUAGAAAUUGAUGAGGAUGGAGAGAAGAUAGUAUUGGAUUCGUCUCAAGAAGAUUCUGAUGGGAAAGCCGAGAGUAAGAAUGUCCUAGAUAAUACAAAGUCUGAUACAAUAUAUAAAAGUUGCUACGACAGUAAAAAUAGUAGCGAAUUUAGUUAUAAAUCGGUAGAAAAUGCUAAAGAAUCAUCCAUUGAUUCGGUUAAAUCCAAUGGCAAAUUGGUAAACGGAAGUAGUGAAUCAAAAAAAUGCGAUACCGACAGUACAGCUAGUUUACAAUCAGACACGUUUAACGAUAUGCCAGUUCUUGAUAAAGCAGAUAACAUUUCCACAUCCAUACAUAAUAUAAACAAACAAGUUAAAUCAAUUUCUAUACUUAAAGACAGCGAUCAUGCUGACUUAUUAAGUGUAAGUGACAAUGAGCCUGAUGUUUUUAUAGUAGAUGAUAAAAGUAAGUCGAACUCGAUUCACAGUAGUUCUAUCACAAAAGCCUUACAAAUGGAAAAAGAAAUUGGUAUGUAUGUUAGAAUGAAAUGUUUAUUACACAUUGAUGAAGGUACAAAGGAAUUUCUAAGUAAAGAAAUCAUUGGCGUACAAUGUGAGACUGUUGCUACAGAGUCCACUUUAACCAGACAGAAAAACAAUGAUACAUCUGCUUCAUUGGCAGACAUUUCUGGGAAUGACAAUAAGGAAAUAUCUCCUGGAUCAGUAAAUAGUAAUCCGCAAUUGUAUCAACUGAAUCCUUCCAGGCUUUCAUUUGCUUCAACAAUCAGCUUAAGUUCCGCAUCUAGCGCCGCUUCACUGGCAGCCAAGCUUGCGAUUAGAGAUAGUACACAUUUCUCGUUACCGAGAGUACCGGCGAAACAUGCGAAAAGACACGGCCAAGAUAUUCAUUCGCUGAAUGAUAAACACGCAAUAGAUGAAGCGUACGAACGUCUAAGCAAAGAAUGGCAAAACAGUCACCUUCUUACAACAACUAUUUUAAACUUUGCAAAUACCGAACUCACUGGAGUUGAUGCAUACAAUGUUAGCAACGAGAGGAUAGACGACCAGUUACAAAAGAUUCGGUCUUCUACGCCAGAAGUAUCACAAGACAUAGUUCAGUUACAAACUCCUAAAAGCACAAAAAAGAGCAAAGCAGUAAAGAGGCCAAGAAGUAAAAGCAUCAAGUCAGAUAAUCAGUCGAAUGGAGUGAACAAGAUUUCAAAGGUAUUAAAUCUCGCAGAGAGCAUUAAUACACCGAAUAGAAAAAAGAACAAAACGGAACAAAUGGAUAAUAUAUCGAGCACUAUAAAUGUUUCAACGAAAUCCGAAUCGCAUAUGAUAGCAGAUGAAUUAAUUGGUAAGGAUGUAUUCGCUAAAUGGUCCGACAAUAAUUAUUAUCCUGGUACAGUUAUCGAUAAAAUAAAGACGAAAUAUAAGGUAAACUUCUAUGAUGGAAAAAAUAAAGUACUUAUAGAAGACUUUGUUAUACCGAUACCGAAAGUUUUGAAAGAGGGUCUAUCCGUGUAUGCCGCUACCAAGAAUUACGAUUAUGGAUCGUGCGGUAUAAUCAUCAAUGUUGAGAUUGUAAAUAACGAAGUAUAUUACACAGUAGAGACAGAUGAAGGAGAAAAGCUAGAAGUUCAAAUCAAGGAUCUCUCUUUAUCAGCUGAUCAAGCUCAAGUGUUGAAAGAGGAAAUCAAUUUGGGAAAUAAGAGUCUUCCAUCUACGCCAAAGCAUUUAGGGCAAAUAACAUUAGAUAAUAUGAUUGAUGGAAAAAGACGUUCGAAACGAAUCGCCACUCCCAGUUUUUCUACUCCUAAAUCUAAACUAAUUCAGACUCCUACAAAUAAAAUUGAAGUAGAACCAUCUGUAUCGGGUGUAACGUCUUCGAUUAAAAAAGAGAAGAAGGUACCCUUUGAAAGCGAUGGCGUUUCCAGCGACUCUAAUGUUUCUGUUAAGGACGAAGUCUUUUCUAUUGGAGUACAACCCGAAAUAAUUGGAACCCCGUAUGAGCAAGUUGUAAAAGGACCACAAAAUCGAAUUAAAAGCAAAUCGAGAAGUAAAAAAAAAGUAGACGAUGAAGAAACCAUUGCAAUGUUUGGUCCAAUUCCGCAUACAGAUUCGAAUCUGUUUGAAGGCAUGUCUUUUCUUCUUACCUGCGCAUCCGUAGAGACUAUCGAUCGAUUUCAAGAUGAUAAAGAUUCAGAUCCAGGAACUGAAGAUGAGAUAGAAUGGUCAAAAAAGCCUUUUAUAAGAGAUAGAUUAAACAAGCAAAUAGUAGCAGGUGGCGGAAAAGUCUACAAUGACUUCAGUGAAAUCCCUCAAGACGAGUACAAAAAUACAAAACUAAUAACGAACGUGCCAAACACGACUGCGAAGACUCUGUUGUGUCUUUCAGUCGGUAUACCUGCUUAUAAUCAUAAUUGGAUAAUAAGAUGUUGUCAGGAGGGAAAAUUUGUAAAUCCAGCAGAAGAUGGAUUACCAGCAGGAUGGAGCUUAGAUAAAAAUUCAUAUAUCGAAAUGUUCCAAAGACAAAGCAACAAACCAUUAACUCAAGUUGUUGUGAUAAUUCCAGUUGUAGAGUCUGAAAAACAAUUUGCUCCAUUUUGGCGCCAAAUUUGUGAAAACGCAGGUGCUGUUAUUAUAUUAGCGGAUAAAGCAGAUGUAAUGGAAAGUUUUGUACAGGGAACUGUAGUUCUUACAAAUAGUUUGUGUCCAUCCUGGGCAGUGGAGAAGGCUAAUAAACUACAAAUUCCAUUACUUUCUACAACAUGGAUUGUCCAAUGUUUGAUAGAAGGGAAAUUUUGUCCGUAUGAUGCAAGUGUUCGUUAUAAAUAUAAUUAUAAAAAAAAUUUGGUACAUUAAAUGAUCGAGAAAUUACAUCUAUAAUCUCGGAAGCAGGUGAGAUCCUGUUUUUGUAAAUUACAAAAAUCUCUUACUUUUACUGUAUCAUUCUAAAUAUAUUUGAUAAAUGGAAAAUAUUAUUUCUCUCGUUAUCAGACACUUUGAAGCACAUCUAUUUGUUUAUACAUUUAUCAAUUGCAAAGUACCACUACUAGUUUAAAACUUUUAUUUUAGUAGUUUUCCAAUGUUAAAAAUCUUUUGAUAGGUGUCUGAUAGAAGAAUUAAAUUAAGAUAGCCAAGUAUGAUUCCUUAAAUGAAAUAUGUUAUGUAAAGUUAGUUUAUGUUCAAAAAUAUUGAAACAUGUUUUAUAUAAUAACACUGUAUACUGUAUGAAUAUUUGGUGUAAAGAUUUCUCUUUUUGUGAUUUCUUAUUAUACAGAACUUACAUAUGCUUAUUACACUGUAUUGUUUAUCACUUUAAAAAAAAGGUAGAGUUAGAAUUUUGUAACAUUUUGUAUAAAUCAAAUUCUAAAUCAAAAAUGAUUUUUGUAAAAAAAGAAAACAAAAAGCAAAUGAAUUGUAGACAAACAAAUUUUAAAAAACGUUCCAUAAUUAAUUUAUAAUCGCAAUUUAUGCGAUUCCAUAUUAUUAUUUCGUUUACAUCAAGAUUUUUUAUGCUGACAAGAUUGUUUUAAGUAUCUUUUGCGAGAGGCAAAAAGAUAUACAAAUAUAAUAUAACUAGAAAUCUAAUAAUAAUUCAUAUUUACAUUAAUGUUGUAAAUAACUGGAUAUUGUUUUUUCCAUAUUAGCUCAUUCACUAUAAUCAAACAACGCAUUUAAUUAUACACGAAUUAUUAUUAUAUUUCAAGAGCAAUUUUCUCCUCAUAUUUACAUAGGUAAUUAUGUGUUUCUAAAAAAUAAAACAAACUUUGCGUUAUCAGGAAAUAGGCAGUUUGCUGUAAGAAUUAUUUUUGUAUUAAGACGCGAUUCUAAUUUGAGUUUAUUAGUUUUUAUUUGGGAAAUUCACAGCAAAUAUUAAAAUAACUCUGUAAAUCAAAGUUAAUAAUGGGUGGUGUUAUCCUGUAAAUAUUUUUUUACAUAAAAUUAUAGUGACAGAUCGUAAAACCUAUUUACAUUACACUUUUUAUGUACUGGAUAUAUAUCCCAUCAGUAAGGAAUUUAUAGAACUCUUAUUACUUAUUCAUAGCGGGUAUAUGUUCAGUAAAAAACAAAUAUCAAGCAGGUUGCCUCUAAAUACUUCAAAGUAAGAUAGCAUAAAUGAUCUUUAAGUGAUAAAAGGUACAAGAGAAUGUAUCUUCUAUGAGCGUUUGCGAUACUUUCAUUAAUUUACAGAAUGACUUUCUGUUAAACCAAAUAUGAAUAGGACAACAAAAAAAAAGAAAAGAAAUUGUAUGUGGCAAUUGCACAUGUGCGGAUGUGUAUAUAUAAGUAAAUAUAUACUACAAAUUUUAUUAUGUAAGAUGUAGCUAUUAUGUAAAAUGUUUGGGGAUAAAAUACAGUGACAUAUUUUGGCAAA